GCAGAUUGCUGUCGAAAAAAAAAGUUGAAUCCUCUCACUUCAUGCGAGUAGAUACUGCCUAAAGAUUCACUAUCCGCCAUCCUCAAUGAUCAGCACCAAUGGAUUAAUUACCCAUUGGUGAUAUUUGUUUCUCGUUGCCGACUUCUCUUGUUCAUCAAGUUCGUUGUUAUCAGAGGCAUUUCGUCGAGCACGUUGUGUGUAUAACAACUUGACGCCAUGGAUGUGGAUUCAAAGCCUUCCAUGGAGGAAACUAUUUUGGUGGGGGAUGAUCUGAUGAUGGGACCCCCCUCACCCAUUAUUCCACCUGAAAUAGCGUCUCACGUGCUCGAAGGUGUUGAUUUGUGUGAUGGGAUGUUGCGGAAUCUAUUUCUAUGCUUACAGAUUAAUGAUAUUGAGCCAUUCUGUCAAGACGAGAUUGCCUUGUAUCGGCAGUGCGCAGAGAGGAGGGAUAAGGAACUUAGAGAACGGCUUCAAGAUAGUGAGCGGCGAUUAGGGAUGUCUAUGCCUUUAGAGCUAGCAACUGAAAGAACUAAGCAAUUGGAAUCAGAAGCAACAUCGUUGGAGAGACGCUUUAUUUUGGCAAGUGGCGUUCAAGGCAUGGAGGGGUUUCGACAAAGAUGGAGUCUUCAUGGUCGCCUUACUGAUACAAAGAAGCGGCUCGAAGCCCUGAAGCAAGGAAUGGAGAAUAAAAAGAAAGAUGAAUCAGUUGGAGAAAUAACUACAAAAAAGAGAUGGUUCUUAUGGUGAAGCAAGGAAGGAAUAUUCCUUAAUUUGAGGUUAAUUUAUUUUCUCACCUCCAUGCUUUCGUAGCUCAACCAAGUCUUUUGAAAUAUGAUUUUCAUUUAUUAUUUAUUGUAAUAUUUGGAUUGAACCUUCAAUCUCCAGGAAGUCGCCUCGCAUAAACAAAAACGUUUUACAAGAGUACGAACUAUAUAAAAAAAAUGGCUCCUUUAUACUGUGAGAUUUUGAUAUGAUGAUGAAGUUUUCUUUAGAUAUUUUUUUUCCGGAUAUAUCUUUUGGGAUUGACGACGUUUGUUUACAGAAAAAGGGGGAGACCAUCUCCGAGGUCUCCGAAAAAUGUUACAACAUUUUUUUGCUUAA